GCCUCCCUCGCAGGGUCCGGUGGCUACGUGCUUUCUUUGUCAAUGAGGCGCAGCUUUGAGCUGCAGUAGCACUCUCAGCCCGGGAACCGGAGCCGGAACCCGAGCCCGCGCGAGCCAGCAAGCGAGGAGAGCGGGGCGCAGAGGUCGGAGCUGGCGGUGGGAGGGAGGGUCCCGAGUGCGCUCUGCGGCCGCCAGCACCCGCUCCUCGCAGCCUCGACCCCUCAGUCAGCGGGAGCUGCCCGGGGGAGGGGACCCCGGGCGGCGCCUGUCCCACCCUCACUGCCCGGGGCGCGCCCGCGCGCAGGGACAGCACCGUGGGAACCCCAGUCAGCUCCAUGCGGCCCCCGCUCCUGCACGGUUGAAGCCGCGGCUCCCGGAGCUCGCCCCGGCGCGGCAAGACUAGCGAGCAAGUCGCGCCGCCUGGCGCUUCCACCCUCCAGCGCGCGAGCCAUGGCCGGAGAUGCCCGGUGAGGACCGGGGCGCCGAAGGCUGGGCUCCCCGGCGCGGUGCGGAGCGAGGCAGCGGCCUGGAUGUGUAAAGUGUCUCCAUGGCUCUGCAGGAGGCGAAGCCCCAGGGCCCAAGGGAAACUGGACUGGCGGCGCGGAGGCGCAGGGGCCGGCCUGGGACGCUCGGGCUCGGUGGGGUCGGCGGGGGAGCGGCGUGCACCCCGGGCUUGAGAGGCUCCGGACCGGAGCUGGCCCUCCGGGCUGCCGGGUCCCAGGAAGCACCGCUGCUGCCGCCGCCGCCGCUGCUGCUGCUGGGACUCCUGCUGCUCGCGGCCCUUCCUGAGCACUGCCUGGCCGACCUGGGAACCUCGGAUCUGCCGGUAACCGUGACCCCAAACCCUGCGUCACUUCCUCCUGGGACAUUGUUACCAAUUUCACCAACAUGGCCUUUCUCAGAAGUCCAGUCUUCCUCGGCAGUGAACAGAAUCAAGAAUGUGCUGGGACCGCCCCCCGACAACACCAGCGUGCCGCAGUUCACACGAACACCUCCUCCCAAGAUACACCGCAGAGCUAGGGCUCAUGGGGACUUCUCUUCUUCCCUUUACCAAGGAAGCGGAUAUAGCUCCUCCUUCGAGCCUUACAAGGAUUCCACUGAGUCGCUGGUCCAACCAGGACCUCAAGGGGGAAAAGAGACAGCCAGCGUGUCAGGUUUGCCUCACACUAGCAUGCUCCCCCCAUUGUCCACUGCCCCAUCAGUGCCGUCCUUGAGCCCUGCCCUCCCAUCUCAGCCAGUGUGGGUAGGGACUCCUUCCAUCUCAGAACGACAUUCUCUGAGGUCAGACAUCCUUCCACUUCUCCCUCCAUCUCCAUCCUCUUCAUUGGCUCCUGACUCACCUCAUUCCAUCAUCUUUUCUAAGCCAGCCGAGCGACCCAUCACAGUGCCUUUACUCCCCCAAACAGCUCCAACAGACUCCUCUUCAAGUCAGAGUGUAGCUAAUCCCCUAAACCCAUUUGCUGAUGAAACGAACCACACUCCAUCCAGAAAUGCUCAGGAUUUAAUAGGCAUCCCUCAUCUAGGUUUUUCUGGAUCUUCAACAAAGCAGUAUUCGGAGCUGUCCUCCACAGAGAGUCCUCGCUCAGCAAGCUCCCCCACACCAGAGUUUUUGAGCUCCGGGGCAGAACUGGCCCAUCUGUCUCUCCAUCCCCUAGCACCUGGAAGUCUUCAGCUGCCAGGUGGAACUCCCUCAUGGUCAAGGUUGGAAGUGGCUUCAAGCCCUGCAUCCAUCCAGCCAAUCGAAGCUGAGGUGGAUGAAAGAGUACACAGUGGGGUGGCUUUGCCAGCUUGGAAGAGCGUGGCCACAGCAGCGACCCGUGAGGCUGUGCCUUCUUUGUUUUUCCAGACUGCUGCUGAGUCAGUGGCAAUGGAAACAACCAGCAGAGAGCCAGCCCCCGCCACCGCAAAGGACUCUGCUAACCCACUGCAUUUGUCAGCAGCCCCAGAGAAUUCUGAAGGGCCUGCCCUUUCAGCAGAACACACAUCUUUCUCUUGGGUGCCUUCUCCUGUGCCUCCCACUACAGCUGGCCAAGGACAAGCCAACUUUUCUGGGGCGGUUCCUGCAUCUCUAUCGCAGGGCGCAGCGGCAGAUGUGCCCUCCCCACCUACUUUCCUGCAGCCGGCACAGAAUCAUGCCUUCCCAUCCAUCGAGCCCAGAAAGCCUACUCCUCAGGACGAGGGCCAUGAUGGAUCCGCUCCUGUUGCAGCUUCGGAUUUCCUCCUCUCAAGCAAAUUUCCAAAUCUCCUCGCCACAACUCGGACAUUUCCCCGGCAGAAAGAGAAUAGCGUGACAGCUGUUUCAAAGGAAAACGAAAAGGCAAAUUUCACAGUUGCUCUCCAGACCCUCCCAAGUAAAGAGAUUCGGAGUCUUCACACUAUAAAUGGAUUUGCCUCUGGUUUUAGCACUGAUCGUAUUUCAUCCACUGUCGUUGCAACACCAAGAACAACCGUUCCUUCAGAGUUACCUCCACGUUCCAUCCCCUCCGGACGAGCUACCCAGACUGUUUCACCAUCUCCUAGCUCUCCCAACAGCAGUCCAGAGACUUACGCAGCUGCGACAGACCAUUCCGAGCUGCCAGUUCCAGCUUCCAAACAGGUGACAGCAUUUCCCUCCUCCACUGAGGUCUAUGAUUUCUCAACAAUGGGAAACGGGAAAAAGCCAGCAGUCACAGAUGUUUUCUGGAGUUCUCUUUCAGCGGAAACUGGAUUCCUUUCCACAGAACCAACCGUAUCUGGCACGCAGCAGCCAACAAAUUACGAUGUAAAUGGGCACACAAUUAACUCCACAAGUUGGAAAACUCAUUCAGCCUCCUCUACUGCUCCCGAUGAUUUAGCUUCAGCUGUCAGUACAAUAGAAUCUCAGCAUUCCAAAGACACUGCUGGGCAUUCAGCAACGGCAGACAGCUUUAGCAUUCAGGAUCCAGUCCUUGACACAAGCACCAGCCAGCCAGUCCAACAGCCAGCCAUUACCAUGGUUGGAAACCAUACAGGCAUCUUGUCCAUGAGUAAUAACAACCACUCCGGGGUCUUCCAAGCAGCUGAGGUUGAAGAUCACCCAUCCACCAGCCAACACGUCAAGUCUCCUCCCCAUCUGCAGCAGCCUGCCCACCCAACACGUUCGCUCUGGCUAACCUCUCCGAGUCUGCCUUCCACAGCUGGUUUGCGGGCAGUGUUUUCAGAUGGAAUGGAUACAAGUUUCCAAGUUUCCAGCAGCAUCUAUCCAUCUCCCGGGAUAAAUGCUUCCACACCAUUCCAGAGUGUCCCGAGAUAUCACUCUACUGCUGAAUCUCCUCUGUCAACCAGUGCCUUAUUCAGGACCCCAUCCAAAGUGCUUCUGCCUUCUCAGCACCCCGAGAAAUGGACAGGGGCAGCCACUAAUGCAGCGGACUCUGCAGUGUCGUCUGAGGCGGAACCAACAACAGCAGCAGCUUCCACGUUGUUUCUGAGGAAAUCAAGUCCAGCACUGUCUGCAGCCCUGGUUGCCAAGGACACUGGCAGCAACCCUUCAGCUGGGGUCUCAGGAUUGGUCAAGAGCAGUCUGACCACUGCUCUAGCUAAAAAUGUCACAAACAACACAGCGUCUGGCCCAAAGGCGACCCCAGGCGCGGUCCAUCCAGCCUUCUCAUUCACUCCAACCUAUAUGUUUGCAAGGUCCGCACACACUAUGAACACUCACACGGCCAUGCAAGGGAACCCGGGCACCGCCUCUGGCCUGUUGUCCACAACACACCUCCCCAGGAAACCACAAGCCAUGCACACGAACUUCCCGAACCCCACCAACUCAGACCUGCCCCGCGCGUCCACCACACGCUCCCUGACAAUCACGGCAGCCUUGACGUCCAUUACUGCACCGGUAAGGGCGACCCGGCUGCCGCCUCUGCUGGCAGAAAACCCAAAUGCUGCUCUUCCCGCUGUGUCGACAGCUAUGGUCACCACUGGCAAGGUAGUGUCCAACCUGGAGUGCCAGAUGUCCAGUAAACUCUUGGUAAAGAUAGUUCUCUUUCUGAUGCAAAGGAGAGGGCAGACCGGUGAAAUCUUGAAGCUCAGUGUGGCCAAGGGGCUCACGCAGGCACUGCGGAAGGCUUUCCAACAGAACGACGUCUCAGCUCACGUGGACAUUCUGGAACAUUCUCAUAACGUCACAGUUGGUUAUUAUGCUACCAAAGGGAGGCUGGUGUACCUGCCUUCUGCAGUGAUCGAAAUGCUGGGUGUUUACGGGGUCAGCAAUGUCACCGCGGAUCUGAAGCAGCACACCCCGAACUUGCAGUCUGUGGCAGUACUCGCCUCCCCGUGGGACCCCCAGCCUGCAGGCUACUUCCAGCUGAAAACAGUGCUCCAGUUUGUGAGCCAGUCCGACAACAUCCAGUCCUGCAAGUUUGCUCAGACGAUGGAGCAGAGACUACAGAAGGCCUUCCAGGAUGCCGAGAAGAAGGUCCUGAGUACCAAAAGCAACCUGACAGUUCAGAUUGUGAGCACGUCCAACGCCUCCCAGACUGUCACGCUGGUGUACGUGGUGGGCAAUCGGAGCUCCUUCCUCAAUGGCACCGUGGCUAGCAGCCUCCUCCGCCAGCUCUCAGCCGAGCUGGUGGGGUUCUACCUCACCUACCCGCCGCUCACCAUUGCUGAACCGCUGGAAUAUCCCAACCUUGACACAUCAGAGACAACCAGAGACUACUGGGUAAUUACAGUGCUGCAGGGCGUGGACAAUUCGCUGGUGGGUCUGCACAACCAGAGCUUCGCCCGGGUCAUGGAGCAGCGCCUGGCCCAGCUGUUCAUGAUGUCCCAGCAACAAGGCCGGCGGUUUAAGCGGGCCACCACCCUGGGAAGCUACACCGUGCAGAUGGUAAAGAUGCAGCGGGUGCCUGGACCCAAGGACCCAGCGGAGCUGACUUACUACACCCUGUACAACGGGAAGCCUUUGCUGGGGACUGCGGCUGCCAAGAUCCUGAGCACCAUUGACUCCCAAAGGAUGGCCUUGACCUUGCAUCACGUUGUCCUUCUGCAAGCUGACCCCGUGGUGAAGAACCCGCCCAACAACCUGUGGAUCAUCGCCGCGGUGCUGGCGCCCAUCGCCGUGGUCACGGUCAUCAUCAUCAUCAUCACUGCCGUGCUCUGCCGGAAGAACAAGAACGACUUCAAGCCGGACACGGUGAUGAACCUGCCCCAGAGGGCGAAGCCUGUGCAAGGCUUUGAUUACGCCAAACAGCACCUGGGCCAGCAAGGGGCAGACGAGGAGGUCAUCCCCGUGACCCAGGAGACGGUGGUCCUCCCGCUGCCCGUCAGAGAUGCUCCGGCCUUGCAGGAAAGGGACGUCGCCCAGGAUGGAAGCACCAUCAAGACAGCCAAGUCCACUGAAACCAGAAAGAGCAGGUCGCCCAGUGAGAACGGCUCUAUCAUCAGCAACGAAUCAGGGAAGCCCAGCUCGGGGAGGCGCUCGCCCCAGAAUGUAAUGGCACAGCAGAAAGUGACAAAGGAGGAGGCACGGAAGAGGAAUGUGCCGGCGAGUGACGAAGAGGAAGGAGCAGUUCUUUUUGACAGCUCUGGCAAGGUGGCUGCCGAUCCUUUUGACACGUCUUCUGGAUCCGUGCAGCUGAUUGCAAUAAAACCCACGGCCCUCCCCGUGGUGCAGCCCACCUCGGACCGGAGCCAGGAGGCGGCCGUGCUCAACGGUGAGGUGAACAAAGCGCUGAAGCAGAAGUCAGACAUCGAGCACUAUCGGAACAAGCUGCGCCUCAAAGCCAAGAGGAAGGGAUAUUACGAUUUCCCUGCAGUAGAGACAAAUAAGGCUCAGACGGAAAGAAAAAAGAUGUAUGAAAAAUCCCAAAAGGAAAUCGAGCACGUGUUGGAUCCAGACCCAGAACUGUGUGCCCCGUUCGCUGAGUCUAAAAACAGGCAACAGACGAAGAACUCUGUCUACCGGAGCCGGCAGUCUCUGAAUAGCCCAAGUCCAGGGGAAACCGAGAUGGAUCUUCUAGUGACUCGGGAGCGACCCCGGCGUGGAAUUCGUAACAGUGGAUAUGACACCGAGCCCGAAAUCAUAGAGGAAACCAACAUCGACCGGGUCAAUGAGCCCCGGGGCUACGCCAGGUCAAGGCAAGUGAAAGGCCACUCUGAGACCUCCACACUGAGCUCCCAGCCCUCCAUCGACGAGGUCAGGCAGCAGAUGCACAUGCUGCUGGAAGAGGCCUUCAGCCUGGCGUCCGCGGGCCACGCGGGCCAAAGCCGGCACCAGGAGGCCUACGGCUCAACACAGCACCUGCCCUACUCCGAGGUGGUGACCAGCGCUCCGGGGACCAUGACACGGCCCAGGGCUGGGGUGCAGUGGGUGCCCACCUACCGCCCAGAAAUGUACCAGUACAGUCUGCCCCGGCCGGCCUACAGGUUUUCCCAGCUUCCUGAAAUGGUCAUGGGCUCUCCCCCUCCACCUGUACCUCCCCGGACCGGCCCUGUGGCUGUUGCUUCUCUCAGGCGGUCCACCUCGGACGUCGGCAGCAAGACCAGGAUGGCUGAGUCCUCCGGACCGGAGCCCACCCAGCUACACGACAGCCCCUCCUUCGCUCACGUGUCCAGAGGCCCUGUGUCCGUGGCGCAGUUGGAUCAGUCGGCGUUAAAUUACUCAGGUAAUACGGUGCCGGCAGUGUUUGCCAUCCCAGCUGCCAACAGACCGGGCUUCACCGGCUACUUCAUCCCGACGCCUCCCUCGUCCUACAGGAGCCAGGCCUGGAUGUCCUACUCGGGGGAGAACGAGCUCCCGAGCCAGUGGGCCGAUUCGGUCCCCCUCCCAGGGUACAUUGAGGCUUACCCCCGGUCACGUUAUCAGCAGAACUCUCCCUCCAGGCUGCCUCGCCAGUACAGCCAGCCGGCCGGCAUGCACCCCAGCUUGGAGCAGGCCCCUGUGCCCUCCACGGCAGCCUCCCAGCAGAGCCUGGCAGACAACGACCCGUCCGACACACCCCUGACCAACAUCUCCACGGCGGCCCUGGUGAAGGCCAUCCGGGAGGAGGUGGCCAAGCUGGCCAAGAAACAGACGGACAUGUUCGAGUUCCAGGUCUAAUGCCUUAGCCCCGCGGGACUGCCAGACUCUGAGGAAACAGUCUUCGGGUUUCUCGAGCCUGAUGUGUUGUGACUUGAGGCAUACACAAUGGGUGAGUCUGUCUCAUCCUUAGUUUCUGAAAAAGUGAACAGUGGGACUUCUGGGAAACGGAGGAGACUCUUGAACAACUGGAUUCUCGGCUUAUUCAACUGAUUGUAUGUCAAGAAGUCCCUGCUUGGGACCGUAUGCUUGAUAUUCUGUUAUAUUAAAUGUUUGAGCUAUGGGUACAUUUCCCUAUGGAGCCUUAGUCACGAGAGACACUAGCUAAUCUCCAGAUUCCUGUCCAAGGCCACAUUUCAAUAAAUCGCCAGGAGGCGAAGGACAUAGCUCUGUCUUCGGUGACCCCUGCAUGUUAACUCUGUUUCUGUGUUAAAGGCAGUGCAGGCGUAUGAUUAAGCACCAGACUGUACUCUCUCUCUCAUCCAGUCAUGACUGUAAUCGUUAAAAUCACCUCCAGUCUGUAAAGGAGGCACGGACUCCAGCCAAGAAACUUGAGUCCUUUUCUUUUUCGAGAUUCAUACUCAAAGUCAGAUGCAUCAGAUGAAAGUCAGUGCUAUCAAUGACUGAACCUAUAAAUAGUCCUGAUCCCCUCCUUCCAUUAAUUAAACAAAGGCCAAGAAAGAGAGGAGAUGAGAGGGAAGGACUGAUUUGCGUCGACAGGUUUUUGGAAAGGUGUUGUUACAUCGCAUCCAGUGUACCCUGGAGGUUGGGACGUAACUGAAAGAGAAGCAGCACUAAGAGUGAGUGUUUAGGAUCCCACAAAAGAAAAGCAGUUAUUGGUGGAGUUUCCUCUUUGCCCUGCAAUGAAGAUGGCCUGAGAACGAAGCUUCUCUCUCUUUGGGGAUAACAAACACAUUGACUUUCACAAGAAAAUCUCUGUCUCUUCAACAGUGAUGUCCAGCCUGGGCUGCCGGGUGAUACAGAAGGAACUAGUAACUGAUGCCUGCUAGAAGCAGGGAGAGUGGAACCACAGUCCCCCACGCCUGCAGCCUCUGCUUAUAGAAGCUUCUGAAUGCAGAAAAUCUGUUGAAUUACAUUAAAAUGUAAAUAACAUUUUAAAAAGUGUAUGGAGUUAGCCAGUCCCCUCCCUCCCCAACCCCCACGGUUAAUGGACACUAGGGGACAUUUGCUGAGAUGGCAGGACUGCCGACCUUGUGAGGGUGGUAUUGCAAGUCACCUGACCCCCCGCACCGGCCAUGGUGAGUCAGCCUCUGGAACUCUGGGUGGACAGUGUCUCCCAGCCUGAGGCACCUGCCACAGGCACCUGUCAGCGCAAAGCAAAACACUACUGGCUGCAGGUGGCCUCGGGGGGAAGACACUGGUCCCUUCGCCAGCUUUGGGAGCCAUGCACCACAGUGAGGGCUCCCUUGGUGUCUGUCAGGGAACGAGAUCCUGUCCUGCCUUCACCCAAGGUCAUUGCCGCUUCAGCUGUAUCCAUUCCCUGAGCCCAUCUUUCCAUUCUCAUGAGUUUCUUUGGUCUUUAUUGAGGGAAGGGGGAAGUUAAAUGUUGAGAGAAGAGUAGGAGAGGAACUGAUUAGAACAGGAGAUUCAAAGUCAAAGCACAGACUUUUCAAAGAAGCUGUUUUUAUUUCCCACUGGCAAAUUGCCCUUUCGGAGGUGUGUCAUGGAAUCCCCAAACAAGUCUCUUGUUCGGAUGAUUUUAGGUCGUGUCUUUUGGUAUGCUGAUUGAUCUUUCAUAGUGUUAGUGUUUUGUUACUUCAAAAAAAAAUCAGCUAUAAAUAAAAUGUAUUUUUGUAAUUUCCACGUGUAUAUAUGGUAUAUUUCUACCAAUGGCCAGUUGUUGUAAUCCAAAACCUAAAUCAGCUUGCAAAACACUGUGGACAGUGCAAGAUUUUAUCGACAGAUUAACACAACACCUAAUUCUAUCCAAAUUGGUAUUCAAUGCACUUGAAUGAACAAAGAGCCAAAGAAACUCAGCCUUUCCAUGCAAAUGGUAUGAGUCUGAUAAAGUCAGCUACAUUGUCCCGCCUUAUCAAUAAUCUUAAGAUUUCAUCAGUGCAAUGACAUUCAACCCAGUACUUUGUCUACUCGGUAAAUGCCUGGAAACAUUGUAUGUGAAAAUGGAGUUUUAAGACCUUAGUGUAAUUAAACUAUAUGCACAUGCUUCAACGAUAGUGUCUGAGCUUUGGGUGUGCCAGUGACUUACGGAGAGUGAAGCUGCAGCCCCAACUGUCUAGGCGGACGGAGACAGAAAUCACUGCGGUCUUUGCAGAGCCCCACGAAAUCCUGAGUCAGUCAACGGAGACAACUAGAAAUAUAGCAUGCUCCAUCAGACACUCCCUCAAACUAGACACCACCGGUUUAAGAAAGUCGAUGGGAGGAAACCUUACAUUGAUGAGGUCAGCCUGUUCGUGGAUUCCCACCAAUGGGGAGACAGAUGCCAUUGUUUGGUAUUCUGUGACUGAGAUGUGGUCCCCUCUCUGAAGAGUCUCCUGGCCUCAUGGAGGUGACAGAUACCUGGACAGCUGGCUCUAAGAAAAAGCAAACGGUCAGAAGUGCCUUGUGGAAGUUAAAAUAGAGUUCCAUGAGAGCUCAGAGGUUUGUGUUCCUCGUGACCCUCCAGACAGUUGAAGAAGCCACAAGGACCCAGACGACCUUGGAGAAGGAAGCCAAAGUCCUGAGAAGGAGAAUGGCCUGCCCAGGGAUUCCCACCCAAGCCUCCUGAAUUCAUGAUCCAACUUGCUUUCCAUGUCACCAUGCUGCCUGCACACUUGUCCGUGGUUUUUGAACGAUGCUAGGAAGUUUAAAAAGUAGCCAAGGGUCAUAUGAGGCAUUCCUUAUGCCCUCGUGAAGGAAAAAGAUGAUAGAGUAGGUAAAGAACUUCAGAUGAGCAUAUAGAGGACAACACAUUUGUGGUGUAAUAAACAUUUUUGGAACCUUUGUACUUUCAAUGUGAGUUUUCUGCAUUCUGAAAAGAAACGCAUUUUGCCUUUUUCUAGAGAGUGCCAUCAAGGGAAUGGGAUUCUCAACUGAUGAUCAAGCUCGGGAUGGAUUCCUGUCUUAGUGCCGCGGAUCUAGACAGGCAGCCAGGGGGGCCAUGACAGCUUGUCAUUGUGAGGUAGUAGAUUCCGGGUCCUGUUUGGGGAGGCAACCCUGGGGCUGCAGGAGAAACUCUGUGUGUGUUCCCUGGUACCUGUGACCUGAGAUGGCGGUGUUACCUACGGAGCAGAAAGUUGCCUCUUUCCUUGUGUGCUAUGGACUGAAUGUUUGUGCCUCCCCUCCCCCCAGCCACACCAAUUCAUAUGUUGAAGUCCUAACCCCCCAGAGUGAUGGUAUUAGAAGGCGGGGCCUUGGGAGGUACUCAGGUUGUGAGGGUGGAGCCCACAAGAAUGGGAUUAGUGCCCUUAUAAAAGGGAUGCCCCUCUCCCCAGAGAGCUCUCUUGCCCUCUUUUAGAAAUAAAUUUCUAUGGUAUAUAAACCACACACUGUGGUACUUUGUUACAGCAGCCUGAGCUGACUAAAACAGGGUGGGUUAUGUAAGAAUCAAUUCUCUGGACUCUGGACCCAGGAGAAGUUAUAUGGUAUAUUAUAUGGUGCAUUCAGCAGAAGGACUCUCAAUUUCUGAGUAAUCUUGAUGGAAGAAUGAAUAGGAAAUGGUUAGAUUUGUCUUUAAAAGUAUAAACUUCUGAGAGGAAAUACAGGUGGAGGAGGAGAGGAAUUUACAUGCCUGACUAAAGGAAAUGCUUCUGUAACAGGCAGAAAUUAGGGACAUGGAUCAAAAGGUUUAAACAUUGAUUACAGAUAAAUAAGCUGCUGUUUCCCCCUAUAAAGCGCGCAGGCACUCCAUGUUUAAUGAAUAAAAUAACAGAUGUUAGCUUAACAGUUUGAGAACAGAAUUUAAACUUAAUCCAUUCCUUCAGUCACACACCAGAAACUACUUUGGACUUCCCUUACAAAAUACACUCACAUAUCCUUAGGGAAAGACAGUUAUUUAGCUUGGAGCAGUGACCAAUCAGGACGCAAGAAUUAGAGAUUGAAUUCUGCCUCUGAGUUGAUCUUACAGGUAUUGUAGGCAAGGAACUUUGCAGGGACUAGAAGCCCAUUCACACUUGCUAAUUCACACUUUCAGGGGUAGACCGGAGAUCCAGGGUUGUUUCAUAGAAACAAAACAGAGCUCCCGUGUGGGAAAGGGGUAGAGAUAGCGUCUUCUCUUUGGCUGUCGUGUGCUCUCCAUAUGGGCUUUCAUGUCUUUCUCUCUGCCUCUCUGCUCCGUUCUCUCGCUUCCCUUGGCCUGCUAGCUCUCUGUGUUUUCACUGGUAGAUGUACAGAUGAAAGUCCACCCUCAGAUCCACUCCACACAAUCUUUCCUCUUUAAUAGCCAUCCCUCCCUGACUACCAUGUCUGUACCCCUAGGGAAAAUUCUCCACAGUCUCAUCGAUCUAGUUCAUCUGCCUGUGGAUCAGGCACCCUUGGGUCAGGUGUCUGUCCAAUCAGCUAUAACCAAGGAGGACAGGGUCAUGUGAUAGAGCAUGGCUCCCUGGACCAGCCCUCUCAUUGAGGGCUUUUGUUGGGGGCUAGUACUCAGAUGAGGGCUCAUGAGGUGAAAGGACCUUCAGAAGGAACCUGCUGUGGACUGGAGAUGACUGGUACUCCUAGGAUGCCAGCCUGCAAGUAAAGAGUCCCUGCGGAUACUGGGAUACUGCAGCAGAGAGGAGAAGGCAUCCUUGACUCGUGCAUCAGUGAAACAUGCAUGAGCUGGAAACCUUGGCAGACUGGCCAGACCUGCCCCAACUACUUGCCACCCACCACCAGUGCUACUGAUACUGCUGCUGGGUCUAAGACGGGAUUUCUUACCAAGGCCCGAUUAGCAAAGUCUUGCUCAGCAGACGAUAAAUACUUGUAAAUUGAAAUGCAUGAUCUCAGCUCAGGUGCUAUUAACGUGGCUCAGGGCCACACAUUUGCAUGGAUGAGAAAACCCAUGAGCCUCUCAACAGAGUCUUUGGAAACAAAAUUGGUUUCCAGAGAAAUUGAUUUUCUCGUGGCUCUGCCCUUCCAAGUAUAAGUUAGUGUUCCCUAGAAUGGAAAGGUCUCUUGAUUUCUUAAGGUGAAACGUUACAGAAUCCUAGUCUGUGCUAAGUGCUAACAUGUAGGGCGUUUCUGGAAAGGUGUAUUUAUGAAAUAGAAUGAAUAGUGCUAGAAACAAGUGUGAGGAUAUUAAGUUGCUAUGAUUAUGCAGGUCUGAAAAACAGAGAGAUUUGGGAAGUGGCAGAAUUUGUUUCCAUAGGUCAAACCCACACUUCAGCAAAAGCCAUUAUACAAUGAAAUCUAGAAAUCAAUUACUUUCAUUCUUUGACCUUGACCAGCCUUUUGUAAACUAUGGAAGGAGGCCAUCAAUGGAUUUUAUGUUAAUUAACUGUCGCCUCCCCUUAUUUCCCCCCAUCUUUACCUGAUGCCUAAACUCACCCUCAGCCCACACACAAAAUGAGAGCAGGUUUGUAGCAAGCAAUCAGAGGAGUAUCAUUGGUCUGGAAAUGUUGAAAAAGGCAUAAUAAAUGGUCAAGGCCUUGGUCAACGCACUGUAACCCAGUCUCUGACUCCUUAUCUGUGAAAUGGGUAUGACAACGUCAGCACUUCCUACCUCCAGUGGUGUUCGUAAGGAGCGUGUGGCAUCCUGUAUGUAAAAAUGCUUUGAAAAGUGUAUUCUUACUAAAGCAUUUGCUGCAUAAUUCCGUUUUAUCGAGCAAAAUAUGUUAGCUCCUUCCAGCCACUGAACUAAUGUGCUAUACCAUUUUUAAAUUUUAUAUUCUAUUAAAAAAUAAAAAAGAUGUUCCUAAGUUUGGAAGUGCUCACAAAAGCCAGCCUCACCUGGAGCCGUGUUGUGUUGCUGUCGUGUGUGAUUUGAAGGAUACGAAAGUACUUGUACGUGGGCUUCUGGGUGGAAAACCCAGACUGGCGACUCCUCACCAACCACAUGAGACACGCUGGGCAAAGACAAGUACUGAACAGGAGCUCUGACUGUAGCUGUUGUCAUUAAAGGCUUUGCUUUCUAACUAACUUUGUAUGUCCUUGGCCUCUGCCAGGAAUAGAGUGUUCUUACGCUGUCAGAAUUUUUUUAUUGUGAAAUAAAAUGGCAAA